AUGUCGGUAGCGUCACAAGUUGCUCUGGCGAGCUACGCCAACAUGUUCAGCAUCGGAACCGCCUACGCCCUCAGCAUCGUGCAGUUCGAGCUACCUAGACUUCUCAAAGUCCCUCGAGAGAUGUCUUUCGCCCCCUUCGGAGCAAUCAGUGCCGGUCUUGCAAUAGGAGUCGCGACGGCCGCCUCUUCUACCACAAAGAGUGGUGCCCGUUCGACUGCGGCGAGAGGCCUCAUCGCGGGGCUGUUUCUCGGUGGAAUCGGCGUUGGAUGGACGUACCUCGCCGUCAUCAUCAUGGUCGGCCAAGCAUUCCCGAAUCAUCCUCUAGCAAGAAGUGUCAUAGGGCCUUUGGGCUUCUCUUCGGGCGCGGCGGCCAGCUUCGCCUUUUCUUCGUUUCUCAACUUCAACACGCGAGGCGCGGAGGAUAUCGGCGGGUUCCUCAAAAUCGGGGGAGUGACAUUCAUAGCCGUUGGGGCAGCGACACAGCUGUUAUUGCCCAGCGAUACGACCAAUGGCCAACCGCAAACAACAUUUACGACACUCGAGAAGAAACCCGAGAACUUUCUGAAGGGCACCUUCUGGAUCUUGCUCUUCUUCAACGCCUUGCCAGGAAUGGUGGCAUUCUCUACUCUCCUUCCGGGGGUGUCGCACUACAGGUCGACAGAUCAAGACAGUCCAGGGAAUUACUUGCCUUACACCAUGGCCGCACUCGCCGGCGGAGGACUCCUGGCGACACCUCUAAACUCCUUUCUUGGAACCAAACGCACCUUCGUAGUCCUUUUCUCCAUCCGGGCCAUGCUGUUGGUCGCUCUCUGGCAUACGUCAAACCAAGCCCUGGCCCUCGUCACACUCUGCGCAAUCCUCUUCGCCCACGGAGCGGGCUUCAGCACCCUUCCGGGUCUGAUCAAAUCUCGAUUGGCUGAGCCAGCGAACUUUCCUCGAGAGUACGGUCGCGUUUUCACGGCAUGGGGCGCAGCGGGAGUCGUCGCCAGCGGAUCGAUUCUGCUGGUCGCUGUUGUUGGAAUCGUGGGCACUCCUCUCGAUGUGUAA